AUGCCUUCAUUUAGGCUACUAUCGACACUUGGCCUCGGACUUGGCUUUCUGGCAAGUCAGGCCCUAACCAGCCCUGUAUCAUUACCACGACGAAGCAGCCCAGGUGGUCAAACCGUGGUCUACUGGGGACAAAACGGCGGCGGCACCGAAGAAAACAACGAUCUGUCAGCUUACUGCACAGCUAGCCAAGGCAUCGACAUCAUCGUCCUGAGCUUUUUGUACCAGUUCGGUAACGGAGUGACCGUUCCUGGCGGUUCAUUCGGCCAGUCAUGCACGGUUCUUGCGACCUCUGGUGAAUCCCAGAAUUGUGACAGUGUCGUUUCAUCCAUCACAACAUGCCAGGAAGCUGGUAUUAAAGUGCUCCUAUCUCUAGGUGGCGGUAAUGGUGGCUAUACUGUUACUUCCCAGUCCGAGGCAGAAGCAAUCGGCCAGUAUCUAUGGGAUGCGUAUGGCAACUCAGCGACUUCAACUGUCACUCGGCCGUUUGGCGAUGUCAUUGUGAAUGGCUUCGAUUUUGAUAUCGAGAACAACAGCAAUGGAAACAACCAGUAUUACAAAUACAUGAUCUCGACUCUCCGGUCAAACUUCGCCACCGAUACGGCAAAUACGUAUUACAUUUCUGGAGCACCUCAGUGCCCUCUUCCAGAGCCCAACAUGGGUGAAAUAAUUGGAAAUUCUACAUUCGAUUAUAUCUGGCCGCAAUUCUAUAACAAUAACAAUUACACGUACCCCUGCGCGCUUGGAAUCAAUGGCGAUGCAGCGUUCAACUUUGAUGAUUGGGAGACAUUCAUUGCCGACACCCCAUCAUCUGGUGCACAGCUCUUUAUUGGCGUGCCAGCUGCCCCGUUAGCUGCGAACGGAGGCACAGCUGGUGAGGUUUAUUAUGCCACUCCUUCUCAAUUAGCCACAAUUGUCAGCUCGGUGGAUAGUUAUUCCCAAUUUGGUGGUAUUAUGUUGUGGAGUGCAGGCUUCUCAGACUCAAACGUGAUUGACGGCUGCACCUUUGCUCAAGAAGCCGACAGUAUCUUAUUGACAGGUUCACCCUGCAGCUCCGGGGGUUUUACUCUCACCCCUUCCCUGACUCCUGUUGCUCCUACGCCGGCAUUCUCCACUUCUACCGGUACAAGUUCACCAACAGGCACAGGGACCCCGGUUCCUGAAUAUGGCCAAUGUGGUGGUGACGGUUAUACGGGUUCAACCGCAUGUCAGUCUCCGUAUGUUUGUGUGAAGCAGAGUGACUACUGGUCGUCAUGCCAAGCAGCUUGA